GCUUUAGACUGGGAAAUAAACACAUUUGUGGAUUAUAUGUUUGGGCCUCGAGAUUCCAGGGUCAGAGGAUGGUUCCUGUUGGAUUCUUACCUACCCACAUUUUUCCUUACUGUAGUAUAUCUACUUUCCAUAUGGCUGGGUACCAAGUUUAUGAAGAACAGGCCUGCAUUCUCUCUCAGGGGUCAUCUCAUUGUGUAUAACCUUGGAGUUACAGUGCUUUCCUUGUACAUGCUCAUAGAGCUUAUGCUUUCCAGUUGGGAAGGAGGCUAUAACUUACAGUGUCAGAACCUUGUCAGCGCAGGAGAAGCCGAUAUCCGGGUGGCCAAGGUGCUGUGGUGGUAUUAUUUUUCCAAAGUAAUUGAAUUCAUGGACACUAUUUUCUUUGUACUGAGGAAGAAAAACAGUCAAAUUACUUUCCUUCAUGUAUAUCAUCAUGCCACUAUGUUUAACAUCUGGUGGUGUGUUCUGAACUGGAUCCCUUGUGGACAAAGUUUCUUUGGACCCACUUUGAAUAGUUUUAUCCAUGUUCUCAUGUACUCCUACUAUGGAUUUUCUGUCAUUCCUUCCAUGCGCAAGUAUCUGUGGUGGAAGAAAUACCUCACUCAGGCACAACUGAUUCAGUUUCUGCUCACCAUUACCCACACUCUUAGUGCUGCCGUGAAGCCAUGUGGAUUUCCAUUUGGUUGCCUCAUGUUCCAGUUUUCAUACAUGGCCACACUGGUUAUUCUGUUUAUAAACUUUUAUAUUAAGACGUACCAGAAAAGGCCUUCAAGAACCGAUAUGAAGAAGGUCCCUCCUGUGACAGAAAUCAGGAAUGGUUUCCAUAAAGACUACUUUGCUGCAGCCAAUGGGGUUCUGAACAAUAAGAAAGCACAAUAAGUACAGUAACUCAAUACUACAUUGUAGUAUUUUUCACUUUUUCUAAAUAAAAAAAGAGACUGAGUUACAAGACACAGUUUUAGUGUAAACUCUGACUCAGUUUGGUUACAUUUAUCAGGUCUUUGUACCAGACAUUUAUUAAUGUAUUGCUAUUUAGAUUUUAACAGUGUGUAGCUUUAAGUGCUUUGUCCAAGAUCACCAUCAAAAUGAGAGAGGCCAUGUGAGACAUC